CCGACCUAUUGUGUAGAGGACGAUGGGUCUUGAAAGGAGUACCUGAGAGUUCAAGAAAUAGCACAGGAACAUGGGUAAAAAUGGAUUGCCAGACAGGUGGAUGGACUACAGCAACUGCGGAUCAGUCAUUGAAGGCACAAGAAUUGUCGCCUUAAAAGUACCGCUAAAAAAGGUUCUCCUAAGCAAGGUCAUGAAGAAGGACUGGUUUUCCCCCGAAGAUGCAGUAGCUGACAUUCCGAACCUGGAUUUCAUCAUAGAUCUGACGUUUACCACGAGGUACUACGAUCCCUCGGAGUUCGAGAGCCGCGGCGUACGUCACGGCAAGAUCGCCACAGAAGGUCACGUGAUCCCCAGAGGCCCGGUGAUGCGACGGUUCUUUGACGCCAUGGACGCCUACCUGGCCGACAAGGACAAAAGCGGCGUGGUGGGCGUCCACUGCACGCACGGCGUCAACCGCACCGGCUACAUGGUCUGCCGCUACCUGAUCUCCCGGCUGGGCUUCACACCGGACGCUGCCAUCGCCGCAUUCAACAAGGCGCGCGGCCACAACGUAGAGCGGGCCAACUACCUGGACGACCUGAAGGCGGCCGCCUGGCCAAAUGUGCCGGACGCGGAGCCGGAGCCGGAGGCCGAGCCGGUUGAUCGCUGUUAA